ACGCGCUUUAAUGCUUAUUCGUAAUCACCAUGUUCGUCUCUAGUGCACUCAGCUCUGUAAAUAUUUUAAUUUAAUUGAAGUAAUUUUUAUCCAGUAGCCAUAAAACCCAAACGCAGAUCUAAACUCCUCUUCCUCGCAUCACUUCUCCAUCUAAAAGGUUUAUACUCUUAAUUGUAGCUCAGUUUCACUAACUGCUUAGUAUUAGAGAUCAUGUCAAGGAGGCAAGUUAGUUCAACUCGGCGACUUGUCGACACCGGAAACUUCCCAUUCUCUGGAGCUUUACAUUCUAAAUCUCGGUCUUCGCCUUUGUUGUCUGUUGGCCUCAUCCUUCUGGGUGCAUUCCUUCUUAUCGCUUAUGCUUACAGUGGUCAUGGCAUAUUUGGAGGCAACAAAGAAGCUCUCAGCAAGGUUGAAGGUGACUUUUCAUGCACAUUAGAAGUUCAGAGAGCGAUACCCAUUCUAAAGAAAGCAUAUGGUGACAGCAUGCACAAAGUUUUGCAUGUGGGCCCUGAUACUUGUUCAGUGGUAUCUGAACUAUUGAAAGAAGAAGAAACUGAAGCAUGGGGUGUUGAACCAUAUGAUAUAGAGGAUGCAGAUGCAAAGUGCAAGAGUGCUAUUCACAAGGGCAUUGUCCGCGUAGCUGAUAUUAAGUUCCCUCUGCCCUACAGGUCCAAGUCGUUUUCUAUGGUUAUUGUGUCUGAUGCUCUUGAUUAUCUCUCUCCAAAAUACCUGAACAGGACUCUUCCAGAAUUGGCAAGGGUGGCUUCUGAUGGACUUGUUAUUUUUGCUGGGUAUCCUGGUCAACAGAGAGCUAAAGUAGCAGAGUUGUCUAAAUUUGGACGGCCGGCCAAAAUGAGGAGCUCGACUUGGUGGAUUCGCUUUUUUGUACAGACAAGCUUAGAAGAAAAUGAAGCUGCUUCCAAGAAGUUUGAGCAGGCUGCAACCAAGAGGUCAUACAAGCCAGCUUGUCAAGUGUUCCACUUAAAUCCAUACCAUUAAUAAGUAAUAUGAGAAUUUAUCAGAUCAAGAUUUUGCAGUUUUUUUUUAUCAUGCAACUAAGCCAAAAAUAUUUUUUUUAUCUUUAGUUGUCAUAUAAGAUAUCGCAUCCCCAAUCCAGAUACAUGAUUUGGUAAACAAGAAGAUGUUGUCAUUCUGUAUUUUCAUGUUUAUUAAUUUAAUUGAUGAAAAAUAUUAUAUGGUUUGUUUCUUUCA